UUAGGGAACGGCGCCAGCGCACCGUCCCCGGGGAGGCGGAGCCGGAAAGGGAGGGCCUUCCUCCGCCAUGGCGUCUCGCGGGGUCGUUGGCGUUUUCCUCCUCACUGCGCUCCCCCUCGUGUGCCUGGAACUCCGGCGGGGGAUCCCGGACCUAGGAAUUAAAGAUAUAAUUUUGCUGUGUGGCCGGAUUUUCUUGCUGCUUGCUCUUCUUACGUUAAUUAUUUCUGUGACUACCUCAUGGCUGAACUCGUUUAAAUCUUCCCAAGUUUAUCUGAAAGUAGAAGAAGAAGAGGAGAAUGAGAAAAGGCAAAAGCUUGCGAGAAAAAAACAGCAAGAGGCCCAGGGUGAAAAGGUCAGCAGAUACAUAGAGAAUGUUCUAAAACCUCACCAGGAAAUGAGAUUGAAAAAACUGGAAGAGCGCUUUUAUCGAAUGACGGGGGAAACCUGGAAGUUAAGCAAUGGUCAUAAACUUGGGGGUGAUGAAGAUUUGGUGCUUGAAAAUGAGAGGCAGACAGCUUUUGAAACAGCAAACAGAGAAGCAGCGAGGAGACGGAACCUGCCUAAGCCUUCAACCGAAGUUCCACCACCUGGCGAACAGCCCGUGCCGGAGGAGGUUCCAGAUUUACCUGAUGAACCUCCUGAAGCAGCUGAAGAAGCAGUUACUGUUGCUCUCCGGUGUCCGAGUGGGAGGGUCCUGAGGAGAAGGUUUCUGAAGUCUUGCAGUUCACAGGCUCUGUUUGACUGGAUGCUGAAGAUCGGGUACCACAGCUCCCUGUACAGCCUUUCCACUUCCUUUCCCAGAAGGCCUCUGGAAGUGGAGGGAGGCCCUCACUGCAGGACACUGCAGGACAUAGGAAUAACUGUGGAUACCGUACUCAAUGUGGAAGAAAAAGAGCCAAGCAACUAGAAAUGAGACCUACCUGUCCUACGUAAAAUCACUUACAUCACAACCUUAAGGAUUCACAUUAAAAUCACGCCAGUAACACUUAUGUUGAUGUCCAUGGGAAUAUAUGGACAUAAAGGAUUAGAAAAGGACUGCUCUCUGCACAUAAUUUUUGGAAUAUCAUUUUAUAAUGUACUGAAUGAACCCUGUUUGGGUAAGCUGUUGGUCAGAGCAUCAUCUCGAUACACCAAGGUUGUGGGCUGGAUCCCCAGUCCGGGCACAUAGAGGAAUCAACUAAUGAGUGCAUAAAUACUUAGAACAAAUUGAUUUUUCUCUCCCCCCCCGACCUUUCAUCUUUUAAAAACAUCAGUAAGUAAAAAUCAGAAAAACAAAGCCUUAUGACUUUAGUUUCUGCCUCAUCAAUUCAUCUUAAUCACACUGUAAAUAUUUUACAAUUCAGCGAAACUCUUCAUGGCCUUGUAAGUUGGAAUGUUCAUUCUCCUGUAUUUCUAGAAGUGAAAAACUUUAAAAGAAUAUUCAAAGCCCUUUACAGCUUUAAAAUUCUUUUGAUAGGCAUGGAUUAAUCUGUACUUAUGCCUGAGAUUUAUGUAAUUUUGCCCUACAAUACAGUAUUAAAAGGCUGUUAAUUU